AUGAGGAUGUUGUUGACUGUGAAGAAAGGGCCAAGAUCUUAUGAUGAAUUAAAGACAAUUGAGGGGUUCAAGCACAAUACUUUUAGAGAAGCAUGUUUUGCAAUGGGCUUCCUAGAAGAUGACAAAGAGUUCAUUGAGGCAAUAAAAGAAGCUUAUAACUGGGGUUCUGGAGUAUUUUUGCGCAAACUUUUUGUUACAAUGUUAUUAUCAACUUCAUUGAAUCGACCAGAACAUGUUUGGCUUUACACUUGGAUAUGCUUAUCAGAUGGGAUUCUAUAUGAACAAAGAAUAUUUUCACAAAAUCCAAAUUUAACUUUGUCAGAUGAAGAUAUUCAACAACUCACUUUAAUGAAAAUUGAGAAGCAGCUGUAG